CGACAAGACCCGUCCCGCCUGUCGCCAAUGCACUGUUCGCGAUCUCCCGUGCGAGGGAUACCCCGUAGACAUUCGAUGGAUGCCAGCCUCGAGUGAUGAGAAUAGUAGCAGGAGGAAGCAAGAAUGUGACUCUGCUGAAAGCCUCGGGAUCCGUCAUUAUAUGUACACUGAACAUGCCAGGCGUUCGAUGAGCAAUACGACAAGCAAUAGUCUCCGCGAUGGCUCUGUAGAUGUGUCUCUACGGGAAAUUGAUGCACGUUCUUCUGACCCUGGCUUUACAUCGAAGGAGCAGCAUGCGGUUGGCCCCUUUGCUGUGUUGAAUUUCUCAAAACCUCCAGAUGAGCCAGAAAAUGAGCCAGAAAAUGGGGCUAUCAACCCCCCAGGCAGCGAUGCAGAUGGCUAUGCCCACUUGAAUGGUUCGAAUGAUGGAGUAUCGACAACUGCCAGGCUUGACGUGCCUUGCCAGGACGGUCUCCUACAAUGGUCCGACCUCUUCAAUUUCAACGACGAUCUAUAUAGUCUGGCAUCUGAUCUCUUCAAGGAUGAUCAGACAGCCCUUGACCUGACAUGUCCGCAAACAUACCCUCCCGGGGACACCAUUAUCGAAGGCUCAGAUCCGUUUCAAAACAUCCCCGCGACACCGCAAUAUCCCAUCGUGGACCUUUUAAAAGACGCUGGAUUGUUAUUAAAACAUUUUCACAAGGCUGUCACGCCGCAAUUAACGGUUGUUACGCCGAAAAAGACCCCCUGGGAGAUUCUGAACGUUCCCGCUGCGAUGGAAACAUUGGGGCAGUUGACAGCCCUGGGAUCCGACGGCAUUAGCCAUGCUCGGCUGGCGAACUUUUACAGUCUUCAGGCCUGCAGUGCUAUUCAUUUGACAGGGAUGGCCGAGCCCAGUUCAAAGGACUAUUGGAGAAGGAUAUCAGAUCAGGCCUAUACAGAAGCAAAGCAUCAUAUGAAGCUAUCACUAAGCAAGGAGUCCGAGGGCCCAAACAAAGCGAAAUUCAAGGACCAGAUGAUGGCACUGUACGGGGUAGCGGAAUGCGCAAUAUUCUCCUGCCAGCAACGAGACGCGAGAUGCUACCUGAUGGAUGCCGAGCGGCUAUUACGUUCUCGGGGCUUGUGUAAGAAGAGAAUAUCGAGAAAGGUCCGCCUAUUAGUAAAUGUUUACACCUGGCUUCGCAUUGUCGGGGAGAGCACCUACGUCCUGCACAACUAUUCUUCAAUCGAAUCCUUUGUCGAGACAAUGAACGAGCGCUGCCGGCCGCGGGAGUCAAUCGUGAGAGACAUAAAUUCUGGUAUUCGGUUGGAUGACUUUCUCCUUUUCGAAGAUGUCGAGCAUAACCUGAAUAUCGAUGAACCUAAGGACCGCCGCGUGGAUAUACCAGAUAUUCAUUUACAAGACUCGCGAAAGUCUUCGGAAAGCCUGAGUUACGAGGUGUAUGGAAUGUCCGAGACAUGGCUCAGUCUGGUGUCACAAACAACGCGGCUGGCCAAUGUCCUGGACGCCUUGAGAAGCGCACAGGACGCAGAGCUGCCAGUGGCUCAUCAUGUCGUUGCAGCGGUACAAAGACGAGAGGUCCGCCUAGAGAAUGUGAUACAGUCUUUUGUAGCUCGCUCUUGUGCAGAUAGUAAGCACACGCAUAUUAUUCGGGCUCUGAAUUCCGGGUUGGUCAUCUUGUUCUACAGACGGGUGCGCCGUGUCCAUCCGGCUAUUCUGGGCGGCCAAGUUGAUAAAGCGAUUGCGGCAUUGGAUGCAUUCUACUCGAGUCGGGAUGAUGAAUGUACUCCUGGACCUGGGACUCUGUGGCCCGCCUUCAUGGCCGGAUGUGAGGCAAUAACAAAGGUGCAACGGGAGGCCAUUUGGAAAUUGAUCGAGAGGGGAGAAGCUAAAGGUAGAACUCCCCCGUAUAGGCAGCUCAAGGAUAUCCUCUCUCAGGCCUGGGUCCAUCAGGACGAAAGAACCGGCGACUGCGGGCAGCCCUUGCCAACAUGGAUGGACACCUUAAGGGCAAGGCAAAGCUGGCCUGUUUUUGCCUGAUGCACAUGUUUAAUGACGAUUGAUAUGAUAUCUGUUCGAUAUGUAAAAUACUUCUAGAUUAAAAACCCUGUUGGAAAAGGAUCCUCAGGAUCGAGC